CUUAUAUUCAAAAGUGUGUGUAACCGUGUCGACACCCAGGUCUCACUGCACAAUGUAAGAGACUAUGUGAAAGAACAACCUAAUUUAUGUUGCUUUGUGUCUUUGGUGUUGUCUUUUCUCAAGCCAUGGCUUUGUACCCAGCAGCAUUGUGAGGGACAGUGUGACAGUGUGACAGUGACACUCCCAUUGGCUGAUCCCUGUUUCACUCAACUCGUGAAAAAACAGGUUUGAGGAAGGAGGGAACUUCUACCCCACACACACAGUUGACUUCUGCUUUCGGCUCUGCAACAGGUGGACAGACUUACUCUCUCGGGCGCACAACGCUCGCCGCCCGUGACCUUAAACGCACUGAAGAUGUGUCCUCAUUCUCACCUGCGCAUACACGACUCACCAAAGUCAACAAGGACGACAUGCUGAGUCGGAAAGGAAUUUUUUUUUUUUUACUUAUUUGUAUUGUAUUUGUUUAUUCCACUUAACGCGAACUGAAAACAAGCAGGCAUGACUCAUUCAGUACGUGACUUUAGCGUCCUCAGUCGACCCUGUUCUCUGGUGGUAUUCCUCAGCGCUGUUCAUCUCCUGGUGGCCCUGUAUUAUGUCCUUUACUCUCCUGAGACGCUCUCAUUCCUGCCUUAUUUCAAAGAGGCCUUCUCAAACACCGGCCUGCCAACCAAUCGGAGUCGGAAUGAUGGGAUGUUUGUAACGUCCGCGCAGAGCAAGGAGCCGAGCCCAGACGAAACGACCUCGCUUCCGUCUGCGGCGCCGCAGAGCUGUCCGGAAACACCUCCGCGGUUGGUGGGCCCUCACCAUGUAGAGUUCAGUAACCCAGUAAGUUUAGAGUUGGUGCGGAAAGAGAACCCAGAGAUCCAGGAAGGGGGUCGCUGGCGGCCCAAAGACUGCACUGCAAGGCAGAAGGUGGCUAUAAUCAUCCCCUACAGACACCGCAAGACCCACCUCAAGUACUGGCUCUACUACCUCCACCCCAUUCUCCAGAGGCAGCAGCUGGACUAUGGUGUCUAUGUCGUCAAUCAGUAUGGAGAAACGACCUUCAACCGGGCCAAGCUGAUGAAUGUGGGCUUCACCGAGGCCCUGAAACAGUACGACUAUGACUGCUUUGUCUUCAGCGACGUGGACAUUGUCCCAGCGGACGACCGGAACUUAUACAAGUGCUACAAUCAGCCCAGGCAUCUCUCUGUGGCUCUGGACAAGUUUGGCUUUCGGUUGCCGUACGAGAGGAUCUUCGGAGGAGCGUCAGCCAUGAACAAGGAGCAGUUCACGAAGAUCAACGGAUAUCCCAACAAUUACUGGGGCUGGGGAGGGGAAGAUGACGACGUCUCAAACCGUCUGUCCAUCAGAGGUUUGUCCAUCUCCAGGCCUGACUCCAUCAUAGGGAGGUGUCGCAUGAUCACACACACCGAGGACACCAACAACGCACCCAACCCAAAAAGGUUUGAUCAGAUAAAACACACUAGAGAAACCAUUGACCGGGACGGUCUCAGCUCCCUGCAGUACCGACUCGUGAGCGUAGAGAAAUGUCCGCUCUACACCAACGUCACAGUGGACGUCGGUACGCCGUGA